AUGCGAGGAUGCCUGCAAGUGCUCCGAUGGCUGAGCACAUCACCCGCACGGCGCCCGGUGUCCUCCGGACUACGACUGCGUUCAUAUGAGAUUGUAUCUCCUAGUAUUCUCCGUCCAUUCACAAGCACUGUCCGACGACAAGCACAAGCCUCGAGAAAUGUCUCCGACCUGGAAAAACGAAUUGCAGAGAUCCCAAUCGAACGUUUCCGGAACUUCUGCAUCGUCGCUCACGUCGAUCAUGGGAAAAGCACACUCUCAGACCGGCUCCUCGAACUCACGGGUGUCAUCGAACCUGGCUCCAAUAAACAAGUCCUCGAUAAAUUAGACGUUGAGAGAGAGCGCGGCAUCACCGUCAAAGCGCAAACAUGUACAAUGCUCUACAACCAUAACGGCGAGGAUUAUCUCCUGCAUCUCAUUGAUACCCCGGGUCACGUUGAUUUCCGCGCUGAGGUCUCUCGGAGUUAUGCCAGUUGCGGAGGUGCCUUGCUACUUGUCGAUGCCAGUCAGGGUGUUCAAGCGCAGACCGUUGCAAAUUUCUAUCUAGCUUUUGCGCAGGGACUAGAGCUUGUUCCGGUGUUGAAUAAAGUGGAUUUGCCGUCUGCGGACCCAGAGCGUGCUCUGGAGCAGAUGAGGUCCUCAUUCGAGCUUGAUACCGAUAAUGCGAUCAAGGUAUCUGCCAAGACGGGGCUAAAUGUCGAGCAGCUACUUCCUACGGUGAUUGAGAGAAUACCAGCACCUGUCGGCGACCAUACAAACGCUCUCCGCAUGCUACUCGUCGAUUCAUGGUAUUCAACCUACAAAGGCGUCAUUCUUCUUGUCCGCGUAUUCGACGGCGAGAUCCGCGCAGGAGAUCAAGUAGUCUCCUUUGCGACCGGACUGAAAUACUAUGUCGGCGAAGUCGGAAUCAUGUAUCCCGAUCAAACUCCUCAAUCGGUUCUACGAGCAGGUCAAGUCGGAUACAUCUACUUCAACCCUGGAAUGAAACGAAGCAAAGAAGCCAAGAUUGGAGAUACAUUCACCAAGGUUGGUUAUGAGAAGAAAGUUGAGCCUUUGCCGGGAUUUGAGGAGCCGAAAUCGAUGGUGUUUGUGGCGGCGUAUCCGAGUGAUGCGGAUCAUUUUGAGCAUUUGGAAGAUAGUGUCAAUCAGUUGAUACUGAAUGAUCGGAGUAUUACCGUUCAAAAGGAGUCAUCGGAAGCCCUUGGAGCUGGAUUUCGAUUAGGGUUUUUGGGCACGCUGCAUUGUUCUGUUUUUGAGGAUCGGCUACGACAUGAACAUGGUGCUAGUAUUCUCAUUACGCCGCCUACAGUGCCGGUAAAGGUGAUAUAUAAAGACGGCAAAGAAGUCACGGUUACAAAUCCAGCGCAUUUCCCCGACGAAGAUGAAAUCCGUGCCAAGGUGGCUGAACUACGCGAGCCUUAUGUUAUGGCUACAUUGACAUUUCCGGAUGAAUAUCUCGGCAAAGUCAUUGAGCUCUGCGAGGCGAAUCGCGGCAUCCAACAUACACUCGAAUACUUUACAUCCUCUCAAGUCAUUCUCAAAUACGAACUCCCACUCGGCCAACUAGUGGAAGACUUUUUCGGCAAACUCAAGGGCUCAACCAAGGGCUACGCAACCUUGGACUACGAAGAAGCCGGCUGGAAAGCGAGCAACAUCGUCAAACUACAACUUCUCGUCAACAAAAAGCCCGUUGACGCUGUAGCACGUAUCGUACAUUACAGCCAGGUCGAGCGUCUGGGGAAACAAUGGGUGACCAAGUUCAAGGAACAUGUUGACCGGCAAAUGUUUGAAAUCAUCAUCCAGGCAGCUGUGGGACGCAAGGUCGUGGCUCGAGAGACUAUCAAGCCGUAUAGGAAAGACGUCCUCGCCAAGUUACACGCCUCCGACGUGAGCAGACGGCGCAAGUUGCUCGAAAAGCAGAAAGAGGGACGAAAAAGGCUGAAUGCGAUUGGCAAUGUGGUGAUUGAUCAUAGUGCUUUCCAGGCCUUCUUGUCUAAAUAAUUGUAUAUAUCUGUAUUAUAGUUAGCAUCUAAGUUAAAGCAGAGUGUAGUUACAU